UUUUUUUGUUUUGUUCAACACAAAGCCGACUGAAUUGGCAAAUUUUUCUUUCAAAAAUUUAUCAUCAAUUUUGAAAUAAAAUUUCUAUAGACAAAUCAAACAUGGCAUCAACAAAAAAUCAACAACCGAAAAAGAUUGAGCUAAAUAUAAAUGAUAUGAAUUUAUAUCAGAUAAAUGCAAUCAAACAACAAUUGGAUCAGGAAAUUGAAAUUCUUGAAAAAUCAAUUGUCGAUUUACAUAAUGCUAAAACUAAAUUUGUUGGUUGUUUUGAAACGGUUGAAUCAUUUGAAAAAUUACCAAAUGAUAAUCAAAUAAUGGUACCAUUGACACCUUCACUUUAUGUACCUGGUCGUACUGUUAAUAAUAAUGAAUUUCUAUUGGAUAUUGGCACUGGUUAUUAUAUCGAACGUGAUCGUAAAUCAUCAAUCGAUUAUUUUAAUCGUAAAGUUCAAUUUUUAAAUACACAGAUGGAUAAAAUUGUUAAAUCGAUGCAAGAAAAAGGUACAGUACGACAAAGUUGUCUACAACGGCAACAACAAUUAGUAAUGGCACAAAUGGCUGCUCAACAACAACAACAACAACAAUCAUCAUCAUCAUCAUCAUCGGCUACAAAUCAAUCGAAACAAGGACAGAUUGUGAAAUCCUAGAUUCUGGAAUGUAAUAUUUUUCUCCAUCACCUAAAUCAAUUCAGAUCUGUGUGUGUAAAUGUUCCAAAGAAUUUAUACGAUUAAAAUUAAAAGUUUCGAUUCAUCAA